AUGGCGAGUCAGAACACUGAACAGGAAUACGAAGACAAACUGGCCCCGUCUGUUGGUGGAGAGCCGACCAGUGGGGGGGACCCAUUUAGUUCUUCACCUGAUCCAAAUCCAGAUUCCAGUGAGGUUUUAUACAGACAUGAGGACCACGCCGUGAGCCAAGAUCCAGGCUCCCAAGUUAACUCACCACCAGAAGACCGAAACCAAUGCGUGGUCAACACGGAAGACAACCACCUUUUUAGGUUCUCCUUCCCAAGAAAGCUUUGGAUGAUGGUGGAAGAAGACAUAUUCAAGUCUGUGAGCUGGAACGAUGAUGGAGACGCCGUGAUCAUCGAGAAGGAUCUCUUUCAGAGGGAAGUUCUUCAACAGAGAGGUACAGAGAAGAUCUUCGAAACAGACAGCUUGAAGAGUUUCAUUCACCAACUGAACCUCUAUGGAUUCUGCAAAACACGCCCAAGCAACUCUCCAGGAAACAAGAAAAUGAUGAUCUACUGCAACUCCAAUUUUCAGAGAGACAUGCCCAGGCUACUUGAGAAUAUCCAGACUAAAGAUGACUUCAGAAACACCGCUCAGCGCCGUGUCCCAGCUCCAAAGAGAAAGAAGCUGGUACCUAUAAGACACUCCCCCCGAUUUCAUCACAAUAAUGCCAUGAAAGAAGCCAACAAUAUUCAGGGACCCAGUGACACCCAGUCCUUCUUGUCCCCUGGUAUGUGUUCCAUGAACAGUAUCACUGGGCAUUCCCUGGGAAGUGGGCCCCCUCAGGAGCCAAAUGACCCAAGCGGGGAGGGCACCUCUGAGGAUGUCACAUUUGCGUCUUUGACUACUGCACAGGGGAAGUGCACAGGGAUGGAAAGCACAGGGAAAGUGCCUAGUACCUUGGUUUACCCAGACUAUGAUUGUGUAAUGUCUUUGUACAAUACCCGUUACUCUAUUCUGUCGGUUGCCAUCUUGGUCAUGUCUCCAGAUGAGCCCCCUGAUGAGGAGGAGGAAGGCCCCUCAGACUACAAGUGUGUACUCUGUGAACACGUUGGGGACAAUCUUCCAAGUCCAUGA